AUGAAGUUUUCUCACGUAGUAUCCACAUGUUUUACUGUGGCCUGUGUUGCUGCCGCUCCUAAGGCUUACCCAGUUCCUGAGUCUCAAUUUGAUCUUGGAUUCCUCAAUGAUGUCCUUGAAGGACGUGAAGAUUCCUUCAUGAUUGAAGAACUCUCAGAAUCUCUUCACAAGAGAGAUCAACAAUCAGUUGAAUCUAUAUUAGAGUCUGUCAACUCUUCUGGUAUUAUUUUUGAACUCUUGGAUAGCAUUGCCAAUGACCCACAACAAAUUGAAGGUUUGGCCAACUACACUGGUGCCCUCCUCAAGAAUAUCAAUAUUUCUUCCCUCAUUUAUGGUGCUGGUUCUUCUUCUACCAACUAUUCCAAGAUCCUUUCUAUUGUUAGUCAAUCUGGUUUAGUCACAUCCCUUGUUGAUGGUACUUUACUUGAUCCAUCCUUCCAACCAGUCUUAGCCAAAAUCACAGAAAGAGUUAUUCUUGCUAAUGAAGACCUUCUUCUCGUCUUAUACUCCACUUUGUUAAGACCUGCUAGUAAUCAAAAGCGUGCUGACAACGAAGGUUCUGCUAGCACUCUUUUCUCCAACCUUCUUUCCUCCGUUUUGGGAUCAGGUUUAUUGGAAAACACCGUCUCUGACAUCUUGGGUGCCCUUAAUGACACUGGUAUUGCUCUUUAUGUCACCAAGCGUUUCCUUUCCACUCCACUUUACCUUAACAUGACCGGAGCUCUUGUCAGUGAUAUCAUGAACUCUGGUGCUAUUGACAUUUCUGGUUUGGCUGGUGCCGCCUCCCUGUUCAACCUUACCAAGAUUAUUGAUGGUGCUCUUGCUGAUCCAAAAUUGAUCGUAAACACUGUCACCGGCAUUUUGUCAGGUAACUACGAUUCCUCAGCAUUGGGUGAAUACGGUGCUGCCUUACUGAACAUCACCCAUAUCAUGGAAAAUGACGGACUCUUUGUUCAAUUGAACUCCUUACUUUUCCCAAGCACUUCUACUACCAAUGGUGCUCAAUCCACAAACUCUGCAAAGAAGGCUGAAGCUGCUGGUAACACUACUUCAUCUUCUGCUUCAUCCUCCUCCAAGGCUGGUGCAUCAUCCAUGACUGUCCCAGGCUGCAUCUUAGGUGCUAUUUUCAGCGCUUUGUUGAUGCUUUAG